AUGCCCGAAUUCGGCAUCGCAACCCUCUCCCUGGGCACAGCAACAGUCCACCCCCUAGAACCGCGCCUCCGCACCGCCGCAACCCACGGCUACAAACACAUCGACCUCUUCGACGAGUGCUGGGCGGGCUACCUAGCAGAACACAACCUCCCCUCAGACCCCGAAUCGCGAUGGAAGCCUACAGAAGAAAACCUAGCCGUCGCGCGGAAACUCGGCCAUCUCGUCUCGAGUCUCGGGAUGAAGAUCGCGUGUACCCAGCCCCUCCGUGAGAUCGAGGGCUUGCUGGACCCUGUUGAGAGGCAAGCUGCGUUUAGGAGAGUCAAAGCGCGGUUCCCAUUCAUGCGUGCCUUCCGUACAGAUCUCGUCUUCAUGUGCGCGAAUAUCCGCGCAGAUGAAUCCGCAACGGAUCAUCUCGAUACCGUCGCAGACGACCUUCGAGAGCUAGGCGACGCGGCUGCUGCAUUCGCGCUCGCGGAUGGCGGCCCCAUGCUGAAGAUCGGGUACGAGGGGCUGUCGUGGGCGAGAAGGAAUACAUGGAAGCGGACGUGGGAGGUUGUCCAGCGCGUGAACCGGGCGAAUGUAGGCCUCGUCCUUGACGCGUUUAAUAUCCUUGCGGUUGAGUUCGCAGAUCCGUAUAACCCCGAUGGAUCGGGACGCGUCCAUGGCGACAUCGACGUUGCGGUGCGCGUCCUGAAAUCCUCUAUGACCGACCUCGUCCAGGCCGUCCCACCCGAGAAAAUCUUCUUCUACCAGCUCGCUGACGCCCAACUCAUGGAUCCAACGACCUUCCUCAAACCCUCCGAUCCCAAAAUCCCAGCACUCCUCCCCUGGUCGCGCGGGCAUCGCCUCUUCCCCUGUGAGAAGGAAAGAGGCGGGUAUCUGCCCGUUGAGAUUGUUACGGCGGCGGUGUUGGCCACGGGGUAUGGCGGGCCGCUGUCGCUGGAGGUGUUUAAUCGGUCGCUUGAAGAGGGCGGCGCACAGGUGGUCGAGGGGCAUGCGACGAGGGGAGUUGUGGGGCUUGAGAGGUUGCUGAAGGAGGUACAGAGGGUGGAGCCGUUUUGGGAGAGGGGGAGGUUGUAG